GAAAUAGAAGGCCGACUUCUCACACAGUAUAACAUUACAGGUAAUAAAACGAAUAGCACAAAAAAUGAUAUUUGCGAAAUCAAGCUUUGAUCGAUUGAUAUUGAUACGAUACUGUGUGGAUAUCCACCCACAUUUGAAAUUCCACGUUUCUCGGCGGCGGAUAAACUUGUGUAUGACGAUGACUGUGACGUCAUUGAGGAGCUGGAGGAUGAGGAGAAUGCAGACGAUAAAAAGAAGUCACUACCGGUUGACAUGUAUUACGACUAUGAAGAGCUUUACACCAAACCGUUCAUCACCCCGGAUUCUGAAAUUCCAGAGAACCUCCUCCUUCUCUCGCACUCCUUUGGCUACGACUGUGAACGCAGAGCAAACCUGCAGCUGCUGGAUGAUAGAACUUUGAUCUAUAUAGCUGGUCAGGUGCUUAUCCUGCUAGAUGUUUCCACCAAGGAGCAGAGAUACCUCCGCUCCUGCAGUGGUGGAGGAAUUGGCGCAAUUGCGGUAAGCGACACCAAAGAAUACUUUGCUGUGGCCGAGAAGGGACACAAACCACUGCUGAUAGUAUAUGAAUACCCUUCAAUACGAGCAUAUCGCAUCCUCAGAGAGGGUACAGAGCGUGCAUUUUGCUCCGUCAACUUUAACAGCGACGGGAGUCUUCUGGCCAGCCUGGGCAGUACACCUGACUACAUGCUGACAGUGUGGAACUGGAGGGAGGAGGAAGUGGUCCUCAGGUGCAAAGCCAUUUCUCAGGAGGUCUACAGAGUGAGCUUCUCGCCAUACAACCCCGGACUGCUGACAUCAUCAGGAUCCGGACACAUCAAGUUCUGGAAAAUGGCCAGCACAUUUACUGGUCUCAAACUGGAGGGGCUUAUUGGUCAUUUUGGAAAAACUGCAGCGACUGAUAUCGAAGGCUACAUCGAACUUCCAGAUGGAAAGGUGGUGUCGGGUUCCAACUGGGGUAAUCUGCUGCUGUGGGAUGGAAACGCCAUAAAAGUGGAACUGUGCAGCAAGGGAGGACAGUGUUGCCAUGCAGGGGUUGUACAGCCUUUUAUUUUGGAGGAUGGACAGCUGAUGACUAUUGGCUCUGAUGGGGCCAUCAGGGGCUGGGACUUUGAGACCAUUGACAGUGCUGAUAGUAGCAGCGAGAACAGCAAGUUUGAAAUGGAGCCCAUGACUGAAUUGGUGGUUGGACAUCAAGUCUGCCUGUCCUCCAUAGUGAAAAGUUCCAAACCCGACUCUAAUGUUUGGUUUGCUCAGGAUACCAAUGGCAGCAUUUGGAAAGUGGAUCUCUCUUUCACAUACUCGACUCCCGAUCCCGAGUGCCUGUUUUCUUUCCAUGCUGGGGCAAUUAAGGGUCUGGAUGUGUCAAAGAAAAGUCAUCUCAUGGCCACAACUGCUCUGGACCCGACCUUGGGCGUCCUGAAAGGUUCGGUGAGAGUAUUUGACUUUCUGGCAAAAACAGAACUGACAUGUAGCCACUUCAAUCAGGGUGGAACUGCUCUCCGCUGGGCCCCCUCUUUAGUCAACGAGACUGGAAAUUUGUUGGUGACGGGAUUUGAAGAUGGGGUGGUCCGCUUAUUGGAGCUUUUUGACCCCUCUGGGCUGCAAAUAGUAACCAGGCACAAAGUAGCUGCCCAGCUGCGUCUCAAACAGGCCUUCAAACCCCAUAAUGAUCCUGUAACUGCAGUUGCAUAUGAAUGCAAUGGAAUGAUGUUAGCCACAGGGAGCUCAGACUGCACUGUGUUCUUCUUCACUGUUGGAGAAAAGUACGAGCCGGUCGGAUUUGUCUCUGUUCCGGGACCAGUAGGGCUACUGGAGUGGUCGCCUCAAUCCCAUAAUGAAAGCAGAUUGCUCAUCCUGUGUCAAAGUGGCCAUAUUGUUGAGGUACCCUAUCCUGAUCCCAAAACCUUGGAGCCAACUAAAUCCUACGAACUGUAUGAAGUACCCAGAAGAUUCUUCUGCUUCAAGAGCAUCAAAUCUCGAAUCAAGCGAGACGAGGAAAUAGAAAGGCGACGAGCUUUGAAGGAGCAGCGACAGAAAGAGCGAAAGGAAAAGAAAAUCACAGAAGAAGAGGAGGAGGAGGAAGAAGAGCCCUUGCCCCCCAUCGUUAUCCCUGACCCUCCUAGUCCUCUCCACUGGGGGUUCUAUUCACUACCUGGACAGUUCUGGCUCUCUAUGGGGGAAUUUGACUCAGGUUUCUUGUACCACUGUAAGUUAUCUGAUAAUCAGGAUGAGGAUCCAGACAAACGACAGGAUGAGCCAUUUGACUUUGUGGCUAUUCACAAUACAGAUGAUGACUCGAUACGUUCUGUCACCUUCAGCUCCAACAGGGAGCUAAUGCUCUGUGGCAUGCACUCAGGCGCCAUCAGAAUUUAUCCACUGGACCCUGACGACCACCUCCUAACCUCCAUGCAGGCGUACUGGGAGUUGAGUAUCCACGACAGCAUGUAUGGACACCUACGGAACAUCUGCUGCAGCCAUGAUGACCAUUUUGUGCUGACAGCGGGAGAGGAUGGGAACAUCUUCUCCUUCAGUCUGCUUCCUCAUGAGGAGCUGCAGAAAGGUCUGCAGAGAAAAAAGGCUAAGGUUCCUUCACCAAGGGUGGGUCUGGAGAAUGAAGUGUUAGCUAAAGACAUCGACGACCCAUCAGCGUACAGCAUAGAGACUGCCAAACUGAAGCUGGAGAAAGACCGCCAGCAACGAGAAGCUGAGAAGAAGAUAUCAGCCAAAAGAAAAAGGCUUGCUGAGAUCCAGAAAAUGUUUAAAAAAUUACUGAAUGAGAACCUGAGCCUACCGGAGCAUAUUCAGCUGACUCCUGCGGAAAUGCUAUUGGACCAACGUUUUGAAGAGCAAGCUGAGAUGGAGAAGACCCGGCGAUUAAAGGAGGUCCAGUUCCAGAUGAGCUGGGAAGAGGAGCACUCCCAUUUAGCACUUAACAAACUACAAGACUGGUUCAGUGGCUAUUUAGAUUCAGAAGUCAUCACCGUGUUUUCCAUACGUACUGGCCACAAAGUCUCUGCCUUUCAUAUUUUACCACUAUCUUCAAACCGGCCUCAACAGCAGACCACAUCUAACGAGUUUGAUAUCGAAGAUACCACUCUGGUUGAACGCAGAAAAACUAGAGAUCAACCAGUAAAGGACAUCAGUAGUGAAUCAGACGAGGAAGCUGUGGCUCACACACAGGCUUCUCGUCCUGGUGUCCAGCCGGCAGAUCGGCAGGUUGAGAGGCUUCAAAAGGCUACGGAGAAAGCCGAACAAGCACGAGCCAAAAUUGCAAAGAGGAAGCAGCAAUGGGCUAAACUUUAUGCAGAGAAACCACAUAAGGACUGUGAAGAUCCAAGAGAUGUGCAGGCCAUCUAUGAAGCCAAAGAAACUAUUGGAGACUUGAAACUGAAGACGGAUAAAAACUUCACUGUACCAAAACACCUGAGAAUGAGUGGAGACAAAAAGAAAGCCGAGAUGAUUGCCCUGGAGGAUAACAUACGUGAGAAGCAGACUGAGAUAAACAGAGAAAUCUUGGCCCUGAGGGACUCCAAACUUCAACUCGUAUCAAAAUUGCGGGCACAAGCUCAGCAGCUCCAGAAGAUCCAGAGUCCUCUGCCAUCCCGUCACCGUCGCCAUCCACCUCCGUUGCCUUCUAUACAACCAGAGGAAAUUCCAGACAAGAGACAGAGAUGCAACCGAGCCAUCCUGGAGACGUACAGCGUGCUGAGGGAGCAGAGGUUAAACGACACACGGCUCGAUGAGCAGGAAGAAGGCGUGAGUGUAAUCGACGAGCUGGAAAAGCAAUUGGGAGACAAGUCCUGCUCAUAUGUAGACAUUGAAGAUAACGAGGCCACAGGAGAAGAAGAAGCAGAGCUGAGCGAGGAGGAGCUCGAGAAGAUGUCACAGGACACAUUAAUCAACAUGCAGGACUCGCUUCUGGAGCACAUGGAGAGCUUGGUGAAUCAGUUUGAUAAGGAGCACAUGAUAUGUCUUAAGAAGGUACAGGAGCUGGACUGGAAGCUCAAGCUUGGCAACCUUCGUCAGCUGACACUCUACCAGGAACUGCUGCUCCUUAAGGAGGUGGACAAGAGUGAGAGGGUCCUGCAGGAGAAGCUCAACACACGCGUGAAGGAGGAGAACAACUUGAUGUCCAAGCUGGAGGAAUAUCGGGAAGAGCUGGAACUGAAGCGUAAGGACAUAGCGAAAGUGCAGGAAAAAGACAAAUCUUUGACUGCAUCUUUCCAGGCCCUGCUGGGCGACGACAACAACAACUUUGAAGAGUAUCUGACCAAAGUUUUUAAGAAAAAAAUUAAACGUACCAAGAAGAAAGAGCACACAGGAAGUGACGAUGAAGACGAAGACAGUAAUGAUGACUUUGACGAUUUUGAGAACUGGGAUGACGAUGAUGAUGAUGAUUGGGAUGGAUUGGAGGGAGAAGGUGCUGCAGAGGAAUGCCCGGCAGGCUGUGACCUAGAACUGUUUGACCACGUACUGCAGCUGCGUGAGCGUCGACUGGACCUGGAGGAACUCCUGGCUGAGGAGAAGAAGUCUGCAGACCAAAUGGAGAAAGAGUGUGACGCUCUGGUUAAGAAGAUGAAAUCUGUGAAAAUCAGUCGCAAGGCAGCAGAGGACGACUUGGAGCAAGUUAACAGGGAGAAACAGCAGAAAAUGAACCAACUCGAUGUUGUGGUUCCUCUUCGGCUACACCAGAUCGAAUUAGACAUCAACGACACGGUGUUUUCGGAUCUCAGCCUAGUGUUGGUGCUCACCAGGACAGAGCUGCAGCGCCUGCGAGAGAGAGUUCACGAGCUGGAGGUAGAGAAGGAUCAACAGAAGGAGGUGUACCGUCAGGCCCGUCAGCAGCACAUCAGGCUCAUCAAAGAACGCAAAGACAUGAACAACGAGAUCCAGUCAUUAGAAAAGCUGUGUCACCAGCUGAUGAUGACGAGGUUUGGAAGAGAGGUGGAUAUGGAGAUCCUGCAGACGCUCUGUGUGAAUAAAUCAGUGGCGGAGAUGAAGCAGGAAAAAAUCUUUCAAGACAUCGCCAAUGCCAAAGACAUUGCAGAAUGGGAUGUCAAAGUGGAAAAGGCUCACGAGGCUGUGAUGGCCAUGACAAGGAGCAACACAGACCGCCUCCAUUACUUGAAUAACCUCUUUGAGCAGAAGAAAGAGCUGGAACAGAAACUUUACACAAGACAGAAGAAAAUUGGUAAGCAUCUUCAGGAAUGCAGCAGGCAAGCGGACAACGGUCAGCUCUGGGGUCUUCAGGAACUCGUGACAAAACAAGCCGAGCAGAUCGAGAAACUCUCCGCACAGAUCAGCUUUUUUGGACCAAAAGGAGGUCACAUGCUGCCAUCCGGCCACAAUCAUCUGCCUCCGCUCCCUUCUCGGCCCAUCCCCACUGUCGAGAAAAUGGCCAAGAAACGGGGGAAAUUUCAAACCGGAAAGAAAAACGAGCACCCAAUUGAAAGGCAGCUUAUUAACUGAAAAACACCCCCGAUUGUACAUGUUAUUUAUUUUCUUCAUGUACAUUAUACAAUAUCUACAAGGACGUGUGUGUCAUUGGCCAAUUCUUACCAUCGCUCCUCCCGUAAGCAGGAGGCACAAAGGGCAGCAGAACAAACUCACCCUGGGCUUGCGAGAACUCUAUCAAUUCAAUCAUGAGGGUCAAUAACAAUGUAGCUGCAGACUACUUUGAACACCCCUGCUGAACAGAAU